AUGUAUGGGCAUAACGGUACCGACUUUCCACCAGUGAAAGAAGAUACGUUUUGCAAAUACGUACUAUAUUAUGAGAUAAACAAUUCAAGGGUCCGCAUUUGGGAUCUAAUUAUAUUGAUACCAAAUGCCUUGUUUGUUCUGUUCUUGGUCGUUAGAUUUAACAAAGCUCAGUUAAAAUUGCGUGCCACGAGUAGCCCGAUUUUUCUAACAUUUUACACGCUAGUAUGGGGGAACGUUAUUAUAAGCCUUAUAAGAUGUGUAGUGUCUAUGACUAUAAAUGCAUCAGUGCCACUCGGAGGUCUUAUUGAUAAAAUACUAUGGGUCACUGUGCGAUUCUUCCUUCUCUCCACGGAAAUGAGUGUGGUAAUUUUUGGACUUGCUUUUGGUCACAUGGACAGCCGGAGUAGCAUCAGAUAUGUCUUGUUGGCAACGUCUCUAAUAUCUCUAGCAUUCACAGUCACUCAGGGUACUCUUGAGAUUGUCAUGCCAGAUGAUAUGUUUCAUAUCGAUAGCAGAGACUAUGAUUUGUUUGGACAUGGCGGGAUGCUCUUUUGGUUUACGUCAUCUCUGGUAUUCGGGAUUAUAUAUUUAAUUAUAUUACUUCUGCCGUGGACUCCAUUGAGAGAAUACUUAGCAUUGCCGACAAAACUGUCGUUCUAUUUUUACGUCCUACUCCUCGCUUUAAUGGAUAUCACACAGUCUGUGGGCGCUGGCCUCCUAAUGUGGAGUACGUUGCAGUCGGGACUCUGUGUUGUAGAUGUUACUACAUGGUUAUACUUCUCUUUAUAUACUCCACUGGUGUACCAUACAUUCUUGAGUGAAUUUUUCAGUGUCGCUCAGCCAAGUAUAAUGUUCUCAUAUAAAGCUCAAAUGGAUGAACCAAUGGACGAUGACCAAGUAUCUCUUCCACAUCAACAAAGCUUUAGCUCUCUUAAAACGGAUUCAGAUUACAUAUAUCAGCAGAGUAACAGCGUUUACGACAGCACUCUAUUCGAAGCUGGUGGGACGACACCAAUGAACCCACUAUACAGUGCGUCACUGCAGAGUCCAGACUCCAUAGCAUCCGGUCAGUCGAUAGAUUUGCAGGCCGGCUUCCCGAACCAAAAUAUGCUCUCUACAUAG